AUGAAGCCAAGGCGGGAAUGCUUGGCACAAAUGCAGCGGGAGCAGGAGGCGGCGGAGGAGGCGCGGAUCCCUCGCCCGAUACGACGUCGGACGUAUGUCCCCCGCGAGCACGACGUAGCGCACGAACGUUUGUUCGCAGAUUAUUUUUCCGAGAAUCCAAGGUGGGGCCCGAAUGUUUUUCACCGACGUUUUAGAAUGAGCCGAGAUCUUUUUCUCCGCAUUGUGCACACGUUGGAGGGACAUGAUGAGUACUUCCAGUAUCGGGAAGACGGGAUCGGCAGACCCGGACUUACGCCGUUGCAGAAGUGCACGGUUGCGAUCCGCCAGUUGGCCUACGGCACAACAUCGGAUGUGUUCGACGAGUACCUCCACGUCGGGGAGACAACUGGCCGCGAAUGUUCUGACCUCUCCGCGGCGACCGCCGCAUGUGCUGCGGCGGUCCGCCACAUACUUGCUGGAACAUUCUGUUGUCGCGUGGCAACCGCCGGACAGUCUGCGGCGGGCCGCCGCCUGGGCUUCACUGCCAAUGGCCGCACACAUCAUAUGGGGUACUACUUGGCCGAUGGCAUAUACCCAAGGUGGCCUGUUUUUUUUAAGACGAUCAGCUGCCCAAUUGGUGAGAGGAGAGUCUUGUUUGCGGCAAAGCAGGAGUCAGCGCGGAAGGAUGUGGAGCGGGCUUUUGGGGUGCUCCAAUCGCGGUGGGCAAUCGUGAAAGGUCCGGCGCGUUUCUGGUACAAGGAAGUCAUCGCCGACGUCAUGUAUGCGUGCAUCAUCAUGCAUAACAUGAUAGUCGAACAAGAACGUGGACAUGUCACCGAUUGGGUGGAUUAUGAAGCCAGAUCUAGCUCUAGCACGGCGACCUCGCCUGUCACUCGAGGACCACCGACUGGCUUCGGUGCGGUUCUACAGCGUCAGGCCUCAAUGUGCAACCAACAAGACCAUACCCAGCUCAUGACCGACAAGAUUGAAGAAGUUUGA